AUGAAGAUUGCUUUAAGGGAUUCAGUGUCUCUAGAAGAUAACAGGUUGCUGCUUCAGGUUGGAAGGCCUCAUUUGGACCCUGAAUUACCUGCAGUCCAGGGGCCCCAUGCGGAGGGCCGGCGAUUCUCAUAUGACACCAGAAGAAGAGGACUCGAUCUCCAGAUGGCUUCUCUCAUAGUCAGCGCGCAUCAGAACCGCUCGAUGCCCAGACAGUCCGCCUUCACCAUCGACAGCAUCCUGGGACUCGACAGACCGGACCAGAGAACCGUCCUGUCAGCACCUUACCGACCGUGGACAGACGUGAAACCGGCGGGUCAGAACCGUGGCGUGGUCGCAGACAGUGAUGCUUCAGUGGAUGUGAGGGUGAAUGAAGACAGUAAAUCACCAGCAGACGCUUACAGGAGAACACUGAACUGGUCCAUCGGGCGCAGGCCGCGGACGGCUUUCUCUAGUGUUCAGAUCAAGAUAUUGGAGAGUGUGUUUCAAGUGAACUCAUACCCAGGCAUUGACAUACGGGAAGAACUCGCUAAGAAACUGCAUCUAGAUGAGGACAGAAUUCAGAUUUGGUUCCAGAACAGAAGAGCGAAGCUGAAGCGUUCACACAGAGAAUCUAAGUUUCUCAUGGUGAAAAACGUCCUCAGUGAUUUACAGACCAGCAGAGACGAACGCUGAUU